AUGGCAGGACGGCCAAGUAAGAAAGCGCGAAUUGUGAAGACGCUAGAAGCCAAUAUCGUCUACACGAUACUCCCCUCAUCUCACACUUUCAUGUCUCGUACUCAAGCCAUUGAAGUGGAAGUGGUACAAAAUAAUUUUGGCUCUUUUGGGCGCUGCAGCCUCCGCGAUUGUCUCACUCAAGCGUGCGUAACGAGCCCGGAGUUACUCGAUGACUACACUUUACACGCUAUGAACGCGUAUGAAAGUGAAAAAAUUAGCACCGUCGAACAUCAACCAGUGUUCGCCAUCGAAGGCGCUGUCAAACGUUGUCUCUCAGAUCAAACGAAACUCAUUAUAGGUACGCUAGAGCAGGGUGAUCCUUUUGAAGAUGACGGUGAUGUCCUCAAAGUGGUCCUCAGAUUCCAGAAGAAUAAUACACCCACUCAGUACCUUCCAAAACAGAGCACUAGCUCGAGUGUUAGCAAUGGCAGGGGUAGACCACGAAAACGCGCUCCAUCGACACCACCUUCGCGCAGAGUCAGCAGCUCUCAUAUUAAGAAGGAGAAAGAGAGGGACAGUAACAAAGACAGAGACAGGGAAAGAGAGAGCCAUGUAGCAAAAAAGAUUGAGAAAAACCAGGAGCAGUGCGUAAUAUGUGGCACGACAGAUACCUCGGCCUGGCGAUUUGUUGGUGAGCCCUCAUCAGCGACUGGUCGUGUCAGAGCGUGUAACUCAUGUGGACUUUACUGGAAGAAAAAUAAUAGCAUGCGUCCUGAAGCUCUGUGGAGGGCUGAGGAAGAAAAGAAAGAGUUAAACAAAGGUACCAAGAGUCGGCGGAAAAUUAGCACACAUUCGCGCCGAGAUGAGAACGUAAAUGUACAUACUGGUGACGGCAGUCCUGUCCGGAGGUCUUUUAGUGUUUCUCAGUCCCAAAGUUCCCAAGCACUGACGCAGACGCAAAUGCGACAUAGCGCACAUGAUUCAUACCCUCCAAAACGAAACAAAACAGCCCUUUCAGGUCUUGGCAAUGUGCUGGGCGAUUUAGGCGCAAAUAAACUCAAUAAACGCGACAACUUACUCAAAGCACCGCCGCGGAAGGAGGCUGAGCCAGGAUUCAAAAUACCGACUGGGCCAUAUACAUCACCACCGCGAAAGACGGCGUAUAAUAAUGAAUAUCUCCAGGAUAUACUUAAUAGCAGUCCUGGUACGAUGCUCAAGCAUGUUUUCUCUGAGGCGGAUGUAGAUGCAAAGGAGCAGGACAAAAACAGCUCCAGGUAUAAUUCUGUAGAUAAUUUGGGCUCAUUUCCUUUGCAGCAGGAGCACACGCAGAACCCGUCCCCGCUCAAGUGGGCCAUGUCGUCUGAGGCGGAGGAUGAUGAUGAUGAUACGACGGUUGUGGUAGGCGAUGCUAGUGCAAGAAAAAACAGCAAUGCUGCGACACCGUUCGAUUUUAGUAAAUUGCCGCCAUCAUCACCGCCUGACAGUAGCGAGUUUGUCUCACCUGUGAAUGGUAAGAAAAAUGACGUAGUGCUGCAUUUGCCAGGAUUUGAAAAGAGCAGUAGUACACGAGAGGAUGAGGAUGAGAUUGACGAGCUCGCGAGCAGCCCGCCUGAUUCAGCGAAAAGGAGCAAGUAUGGCAAUCUCGAUGAACUGUUUCAGCUGAUUAGCAAAAAGGGAAAUGAUGAUUCGCCUUUUAUUGUUGACAGUCCACCCGAAGAGCCUUAUCCAGUUUGA